AAAACUCCUCUCUUCUUCCUCCCUCCGCUCCCGUCCUCGCCGCCACCUUCUCCUCCUUCUCCCCCUCGCCGGCUUUUCCCCCCUCAAAGUUUCCUACUUGCGUUCUCAUCUUCCUCACCUUCCGUGCACUUCUGAAAAGCUCCUCCUUUCUCGUCAGCUUCCUCCUCUUCCACCCUCCGGCCGAUACCGCCGAUUCCUCCGCUCCCAUCCACCUACGGAGGAGGCUGUAGGGUUUUGGAGAGCUCCAUUGGUUUUUAGUUCGUUUCUCUUGCGGUGUUUCCCCCAGAGGUCGCCAUGCCUACCGUUAGCGUUGGAAGGGAUCGUCUUUUCGAAGCCCUGGGAAGAGAAUACACACAAGAGGAGUUCGAAGAUCUGUGCUUUCAGUUCGGAAUUGAGCUGGAUGAUGUGACAACAGAAAAAGCAAUUAUGAGAAAAGAAAAGCACUUGGAAGAAGAAGCAAGUGAAGAUGAAGAAGUCAUUUACAGAAUCGAAGUCCCUGCAAAUAGAUAUGAUUUGCUUUGCCUUGAGGGUCUUGCUCAAGCUCUUCGAAUAUUUACUGGGGUUCAAAAGAUACCUGUGUAUAUGGUGACCAAGGUUAGCAAGCAAUCGAUGAUCAAAAUGCACAUAAAACCAGAGACAUCUUUGAUUCGCCCAUUUAUAGUUUGUGCUGUUUUAAGAGGUAUAACAUUUGAUGGAGCAAGCUAUAACAGUUUUAUCGAUCUUCAAGAUAGGCUUCAUCAAAACAUUUGCCGGCGAAGAACUCUAGUUGCUAUUGGGACUCAUGACUUGGAUACGUUACAAGGCUCUUUCACUUAUGAGGCAUUGCCACCUUCAGAGAUCAAUUUUGUGCCCCUGAAACAGGCAAAAAGCUUCAGAGCUGAUGAACUGAUGGAGUUUUACAAAUCGGAUUUAAAACUGAAGAAGUUCUUGCACAUAAUUGAGAACUCUCCUGUGUUUCCUGUUUUACUUGAUCGAAAUAGAACUGUUUUAUCUUUGCCUCCUAUUAUUAAUGGAGCACAUUCAGCAAUCACUCUAAAUACAAAGAAUGUGUUCAUUGAAUGCACAGCCACUGAUUUGACAAAGGCCAAGAUUGUUUUGAACACAAUGGUGACUACAUUUUCAGUUUACUGCAAAAAUAAAUUUGAAAUUGAACCUGUUGAAGUGGUAUGCCCUGAUGGAACAUCAUGUGUUUAUCCUGAUCUGUCAAUGUACAAUACGGAAGUUCCUCUAUCCUAUAUUACUGAUUCAAUUGGAAUUUCUUUGGAGGCAAAAGAGGUGAUUAACUUGUUAAAUAAAAUGCAAUUGCAUGCCGAACUGUCUGAGUCAGGAGAUAAGGAUUGCAAUUUAAUUGUGUCUGUACCUCCAACCAGAAGUGACGUCCUUCAUCCAUGUGAUGUUAUGGAGGAUCUUGCAAUCGCUUAUGGGUACAAUAACAUUCCAAAGAGAAAGCCUGCAUCUCUGAGGCCGCUGCCUUUGAACCAACUCAGUGAUCUUAUCAGAUUAGAGAUUGCUAUGAAUGGAUUUACAGAGGUGUUGACCUGGAUUUUAUGCUCUCACAAAGAAAAUUUUUCCAUGCUGAACCGUGAAGAUGACAAAUCAACAGCAGUGAUAAUUGGAAACCCUCGCUCCUCAGAUUUUGAGGUUGUCCGAACCAGUCUUAUUCCGGGUAUAUUGAAGACUGUCGGGCACAACAAAGACCAUCCCAAGCCCAUCAAGAUAUUUGAAGUGGGUGAUAUAUCAAUAUUGGAUGAGACAAAAGAUGUGGGUGCAACAAAUCGUCGCCAACUUGCAGCACUUUAUUGUGGUUCUCACUCAGGGUUUGAGCUGAUUCAUUGCCUAGUGGACAGAAUAAUGGAAGUUAUUGGGACUCCUUUUGUUACAUCUGGAGACAGUAGAGGCUAUUAUAUAAAACAUUCAAAUGAGCCUGAGUUUCUCCUGGGUAGACAAGCCAACAUCAUUCACAAGGGGAAGCAGAUAGGCACUUUUGGCAUUGUUCAUCCAGAGGUCUUGAACAAUUUUGACAUCCCUGAUCCGUGUUCCUAUGUGGAGCUCAACAUUGAGAGCUUUUUGUAGUCUAUACGCACAGGCACAUGCUUUUUAGUUACACGUGCCAUGCAUACAAAAGAAGGGAAAACCAUAGUGUUGCGUACCAUUGACAUGUAUGGGAACAGCAACCUAAGAGACGUAGCUGAUCUUCAAUUUGGGCUGUUUGCCUUGUGUCAUUUAGCAUUUCUGGUGGUGACAGAUGAACCAGGUUUCUAGCUUUCUCAGCUACUGGAGAAAUAUUGGUCACCUAUAAGUAAAUGCUGAGUUCUUUACAGGUUCAUUAUUAAACUACAUUUGAGGGGCAAUGGGCGUCAUUUUCUGUUCUGAGCCGCUCAUUUCAUCCUUGUCUAUUGAAUUGGCGACUCGUCUGAUUGAAUUGAUUGGAUAGAAGUUACAUGAUUGAUAAGAAAAAAGAUUUUUCUUCCC